CACCAAUUGUUGUGUGAGGCCCUGGAAAAAGGCUCUAAAAAUCCCUUUAUAGUACUUAAUACAACUGAAUUUGUUUACGAGUCGUUUAUUUAUUCAGUAUGUUGGUUUUCUAGUGCUUUUACUACUUUGCUCCUCUUUUCCUUGUGUACCUUAGAAUCUGCCUUUCUUUCAAGACUUUUCCUUUUUUCUUCUUCUGUUUAGGCAUUGAUACCUUUAUCUUUGAUUUCUUUUGCGUUUUCACGCGAUUGGCAUUUUGUGUUUUUGCUUCAGCGUUUUGAGUGAUAAAAUAUUGGCUGCAUUUUGUGUAUACGGUUCUCAUCAUCUCAUCUCAUCGUCUGUCUAUUUUUAUUGGUAUAUCUAUCAACCUCGAAAAAAAUUGUUUCUUUUUUAGUAGACGAUUGUCCUCCCCCCGAUGGCGUUCACUAAAGUUCAAAGAUGGAUACAAUGGAUAGUGCCAAACUUUGGAUUUCUGGCUGUUCAUUACUUCUAUAUCAUCCUUUUAAUAAUUAUAUCCUCAAUUUUGUUAUUCACGGGUGGAUCCAAAAUAUCAUACAUUGAUGCUCUAUUCUUGGCUAGUAGUAGCGUCACUCAAACUGGUCUCAAUACUCUUAAUUUGAUAGAUCUAACUACUUGGCAACAAAUAGUUAUCUUUUUAUUUCCUAUCAUUAGCGUUCCCAUCUGGAUGCAUGGUGCUAUUUCCUUUGUUCGAUUGUAUUGGUUUCGAAAAAAAUUCAAAUACGUGAUAAAACAAAAUCGGACUCGUCGAUGUCAACGAAAGCUUCGCCAGAAGCAACUUAAACAAGAAAAGCAAAAUGAGGAACAGGGUGUGAGGGGCAGAAAAAUUCAAGUCUUGCUUCCUCAUCAAGCAGAUGACAACUUGAAUCCAGCUCCUACUUUCGGUAAUCUUGAUAUCACAUCGACCGAAAAUCCCCAAGAAAGUAUUUUCUUUAAUCCACCGUCCAUAUCUCCAAAAGCUAAACCCAAAGAACAAGAAACAGACGUUCCUGCAACGCUUUCUGUUCAGGAAGUUUCAGACAUUGAUUUGGAGGAUCCGGAAACCAAUCAUGCUGUAAAUUUUUCUUCUGAGUUUUCUUCAAAGACUCCUUAUAUAGCAGAGGAAAUUGAAAUGGACGAUCUUCAUCCUCGUUUACGAAGACAGAACUCGGUCUUAACAACUUUGAUGAACACUAAUGAUGACAUUCGUGAAACUCAAUCAUACAGCGAAAAAGGUUUACCACCUGUCCCCAUGUCUUGUUGUCUUUCUGAUACGAAUUUACUCAAUUUACAAGAUACCCCCGUCGAUUCCAGUCUCCCCGCUUCCGAUAAUAAAGCCUCAAUAACUAUCUACGAACCAAAAAGGAAAUUGUAUCCCGAGUCAGUCUCUUCUAAAUCAGACAAUCCUUCUCGGGAAGAUGUCCAUAUUGCUUUUACUAAUCUUCAUAAACCGACUCUUGAGCGAAAACGUCAAGAGGAUUUAAUUGAAAACAAAAAAUUCUUUCAAAAGAAGCCGGCAAGGUUUAGAAGGAUGAGCGCUCCUAUGCGCUGGACAAAGUCCCUGAAUGUUAAUCCCCGAAGCCUUACGUUUGAAAGGGUACUUUCUAGCGCUUUUGGCAGAAGAAGGGAAGGAACGAUUUCCUCUUCCCGAAGUACGGUAAUGUCUCUUCCCUAUCUUUCUUACAAUCCAACGGUCGAUCGAAAUUCUGCCUUUGUCGCAUUGUCAAGGGAGCAACGUGAUGAAUUAGGUGGCAUAGAAUAUAGAGCUCUCAAAUGUGUAUGUACUAUGGUUUUGAUAUAUUUCAUCCUUACAAAUAUCAUCGUUUUCGUUAUUUUUAUUAUUUUCUCUUAUACCGCUCAUGGUUCUUAUUUAAUAAUCGACUCUCUUAAGUUAAAAAGAGGAUGGUGGGCUCUAUUUACUUCUAUUUCUUCUUUUAAUGACCUUGGAUAUUCAUUAUCACCAUCAUCAUUUUCCCCUUUUAAUAAAAACAUAUUUCUCCUCUUAAUUUCUUCCCUUUUUAUUAUUGCUGGGAAUACAGGAUUCCCUUGUUUCUUACGUUUAUUCAUUUGGUUCUUUUACAAAGUUUUACCAUUGAGCCAAGAGAAAAAAGAAGCUAUGGCUUUUCUACUGGAUCAUCCGCGCCGUUGUUUCACCCUUCUGUUUCCAUCUGGAUCCACGUGGUGGUUAUUCUUCAUUUUGCUUGGCCUAAAUGCUAUCGACUUAAUUUUAUUUAUGUCACUUGACAUAAAAAACGAGUCCGUUGUAGGUCUUCCUAGAGGCAUUCGCGUUGUCAAUGCGUUGUUUCAAUCGGUUUGUACCAGAACUGCAGGAUUUACCAGUGUUACUUUAUCUGAAUUACAUCCUGCCGUUUUAGUAACUUAUUUAAUUAUGAUGUACAUAUCAGUUUAUCCAGUGGCUAUCAAUAUGAGAAAUACCAAUGUCUACGAGGAACGAUCUCUUGGUGUAUACACCUUUGAUGAAGAGGAACAUAAGUCUUUUUUAAAAGAUCACUUGACUGAGCAAAUGAGUCAUGAUCUUUGGUGUAUCUUUUUAGGACUUCUCAUAAUUUGCAUAUGUGAAGGCGGAAAAAUAGCAAAUAGUAACGAUACUGAUUUUACAAUUUUUACAGUCUUAUUUGAAAUCGUUUCCGCUUACGGAACCGUAGGCUUAAGUACUGGUCUAUCUGAUUCUCAAUGUUCCCUUUCUGCAAGAUUUACCAAGUUAAGUAAACUCGUUAUCAUCGCUCUGCAAAUCCGUGGGCGACAUAGAGGUCUUCCAAGAGCAGUUGAUCGUGCUAUUUUAUUACCUUCAGAAAAAAACAAUCUAAAGGAAGAAGAAGAUCAUCGACGACGACAAGAAUUAAGUCGUACCAUCAGUUACUCAAGAGCAAGUGUUUCUGCUUUUAGGGAUUAAUUCAAUUAGUCCUAACAGUACAUUUUAUUGUAACAUUGUUAUCUAUCUAUAAUAUAAAUAGAAUGUUAAAUUAAUAAUUAGAAGUUAUAUUAACGCUUUAAUAAAAUUAAAUACCAGAUCGAUAAACGGUUUGACC